AUGGAUGAACCGACAAGUGCAUUAGAUUAUGGAAAUGAAAUAGCUGUUCAAGAAGCAUUAGAGAAUGCUCAACGGGAUCGCACAUCAAUUAUCAUUGCUCAUCGUUUAUCGACAAUCAAAAAUGCAGAUUUAAUUUUGGUCUUACAGAAUGGUCGAGUUGUGGAGCAGGGAAAACAUCACGAUCUAAUGAAAAGUAAUGGUCGCUAUUCGAAGUUGUAUUUAGCAAGUGUUAAAUGAUAUAAAAAACAACAGCUAUAACUUCGUUUCAUUAUUAUAUUUCAAAUAUUGUUCUCUCGUAUAUGAACGAAUAUUUGCUCUAAAUAAAUAAACUUCGUUAGUGUUUUACGCUAGGCUAAGGUCCUUGCUUUACAACACAAAACGAAGUCCUCUUCAUAGAAGCGGUGUAUUUUUCCGCGUAGUACCUGAAAAACUGUCUUGCUUAGGAUACUUCAAAAGUUGUCACAGAGUGCGGACACUUUUUGAACACCCUCCUAUAUAAAACUAUAGGUCCUUUGUAAUGUCAAAACUGAAUUCGAGAGGAAACGAUGCUCUGUUUAAUUAUUAAACGUAACAAAUGCGUAUGCGCAUAAUUCAGGCAAAGCAAGUCGAUUUACUUGUAGUUAUGAAAACAAAGCAUUUUGUAUUAGGGGUCAUCUCCGUCUUAGUUGACUAACGGUUUAGCUCUACAUUAUCAAAUAUCCAUAAUAAAUGCUCUCCUCUACGAAAAAGUAAAAGUGGCAUCUUUUGUAGCUGGUAUAGAUAACAUGCUAUGCUUUAACAGUGCUUCGAAUUUAUUAAAUGCAGGCUCACCAACAGUUGAAGUUUACAAUGGUGCUGACUGAAUCUUGUUUAUUUAGUGCAAUUUGUAUUUCAAUAAUGGUUGAAAAAGAAAACUAAGCUCUUCUUCUUAGUAUCAAAUUACAUCCGUUUUAAAAUGUGCUUAGCUUUUUAAAGGAAAGAGAAAUGACAAUUGUUGUUUUUUUUCUUUGUUUAUAUGUAAGGUUGGAUUAGAUCGAGCGAUAUAACGGGUGAUGCAACUACAUUAAUUUUGUUUUUGAUAUAGUGUUGCGGCGGCAUAUCGUAGAGACAAUAGAUCGAAACAGGUCUGGUUCGGGUCAACGUAAAAGAUACUGAUUCACGUCGGGUCAACUCACGUUCGAGUCAGUUCGGGUUCGGGUCAGAUUGGAAACCUUUUUUCUGAUCAAACUCAGGUGAAAAACUGCCUGAACUACUCAAACUUUUUCACUCUUAAAAGGAAAAAAUGUCAGAAAUCGUAAGGAGUCUGACCAUUUUUUUUAAAAAGUUUGAAAACAAUCUGUCUAAGAUAACUUUUCUAUAGGAAAGAAGUGUUUCUUUGCGAAUGUGUACGAAAACAUUGUCAUGGUUCGGAUCUAGUUCAGAUCAGUUGAAAACUUCUCGGGUCCAUUCGGGUCGGGUUCGGGUCACGACUGGUUGAACCGUUUCGGUCUCUUGUAGAGAUCUUAGCCUUUUGUCUUACAAAGAGCAAAAUGUCUAAUACAAAAAUAUAUAAAAGUGUUUGAUCCGAAAUGUCUCACAAAGGCCACACAAAUCUGGGAUUAAUCGAUAAAAUAGAGAUCUUGCCAGAACUCUCAUAUACGUGUGAUCAUAAUGUACUUAAAUUUAGUAUUACUGUUGCUCAGCCUACCAUCACACAAUAUACUAGGCGAAUUUAUGAUUAUCGUGCUGCGGAUUGGGAAAAUUUUCGUACUAAACUAGCAGAAGUCGAUUGGAAGAAUCUCAUUGCGGGUGUAGGACUUGAUGACAGUGUCUUACUUGUUGAAAAAAUGAUUCUACAAAUUACAGAUUUUGUGGUGCCACAUAAAAAUAUUGUCGUGAAGUCUAAUGAUCGACCUUGGUUUAAGGAAAACUUACGAGAACUAUUAAAAAAGAAACAUGAGCUUUACAAAAUUGAUUGCAGGUUUAAAACUUUAAGUACCG